AAUAAAAUAUGAGUUCUUCAAGCAGUGAAAGCGAACGCAGUUCGGAUACUGAAAACUCAGAUAUGGCAAAUGAAAAUUUACUUUCAAAUUCCGGCGAUGAGGAUACAAUUGUGGCUAAUUCAGUGGUAAAUCCUUACGAAAAUGAACCUCUUGCGAACGCAGUCGGAGAGAAGUUUGUGUCGGUCGAAGAAGACGCAGAUGGCUUAGAACCUCAAACAUUGGAAGCGAGGUUCGAAGGAACCGUUCAGUUAGAUAAGUGGUGUGCAUGUAGCUUGUGUCGUACUCAACUGCUGACAGAUGCCAUUGAAUACCGUUGUUGUCAAUAGGUUGGGCCUACUUUACAUAAAC